ACUACCCACGUAGAAUUGGCAGGUAUGCGCGUGGAGGCGUCUCGAGUAGCGACGUCGCGGCCAGUAAGCGUCGCGACGUUCGCGGUGCAGGGUGAACGAAAAUUCUGUCGAAGGAAUUUUCACUGGCAUGGGGUUCAAUGGGGGCUGAUGGACAUUUCCGGGUUACCCUGUCAAUAAGGAGAGAACCCGCCGCUGGACCUGUCUAUUGCAAAAUGGAGACUUCCGCAAGAUUUCGUCAAUUAAAAACCGUCAAGUUGAGCUGCGAAGCAACUUACAGACUGGACAUCAGCUUCAAGCCGCCACAACUUUUGCAAUCACUGACUAUUGGAGGAAAACAAGUAGAAGCGAUUGAACGUGCCAGGGACGGUACAGCUUGUGCUUACAGUGCUUAUCACAGCACAGAAGGUAUUCCAGCCAGUGCACGUGGACAUCGAGAAGAGUUGCAGAUUGCAAUGCGCGUCCUGGGAUCCGGUUACCUAGCCACUUGCCUUCAGAUCAAAUACUACCGUGCAGAUGACCAGAGUCACUGUGAAUGGGGCUCUCGAUUACACUGCAUAGAGCUGGACUGUUCCAGUGUAGAAGGAAGAUUGGUAACGGUAGAUCGAGAAACUUAUAGAAAAUUAGGCAUAGAAUCUUAGUUAUGAUGGCAAAUUUCUCAAGGUAGAACCUCGCUACGCGAUUGCUCACACUUAACGGCUGUACUUAAAGCUGGUAGAGAAGUAUUCUGUGAACGCACUGAAGAUAAUCAGAGGAUUGCAAUCCUUUCUACGUAAUGAAGCUGCUUGUCGGACAAUUUAAUUUCUAUUGGGAUGCUCUUUUACACUAAUUAAUGGACUACCUUGAAGUAUGACGUAUAUACGUAAGCAUUGUUUUUAAAUACGAUGUUAUAUACAACGAAGUGAAUUUCAUUAAUAUUACCCAUAGAAAUUGUUUACAUUACAUGAUACUUUGUAAUUUCAGUAUCAAUUUCGUUUUGUAGACAGAUAUAUUUUUAUUUUUGCAGGUUUCUCCAUUAUUUUAAUGGGUAAUAAUUUUUAGAUUGUAAUGGAUGCGUUUACAUACAUUUUUCUAGAUGAUUUUGGUGUUUUAUUCUUUUGAAAUACUUUCGAAUCAAGUUGAGUGAUCAUAUCACGAGACGUAAGCUGGCAGUAAAAAUUCUUGGACAAUCUAUGUGACGAAUCAAUGUCCAUUUAUUAUUAGAUAAAUUUUCAGAUUAAACAUGACAUACGAAAGUUAAUAUAAAGAAUAAAAUUAGAAAAUAGUUAACGUUUCUUCAAUUAUAUUUUUAUCUUUUUUUUUUACUUUCAUUUCAUGGAAAUUAGUACUUAAAGGAUUAUAAUGGUGUAUAUUGUUAUUUUGACUGUGUCAAUAUGAAAAUAGAUUUUGUUAAAAUUGUAAGAAGGAAUUGUUUGAGUUAAAGUACAAAAAUUAAUGCAUCGAAUCAGUAAAAGUAUACUGUUUCAUAGUAUUACACUACUUCUAGCUAUAGACAAAAAUUAUUUACACAUCAGAAUCUUCAUUUAAAUACAAAAAAUAUAUUUCCGUAGAAUAUUGGGCAUAUUGAUAAAUAUAUAAUCGUCAAUGAUGCAACUUACAUGGAUCUAGAAGAUUUUAGGAUUUAUACUAAGGCAUAUCACUGAUUUUUUAUAAAGCUUAAGCACUCCAGCUUGUAGAAUCAAUUAAAUGCAUAUACUUAUGUACAUUACAGGAUACCAAAGAAAAACGACCAAAUAAUGCCUCUACGCUUGAUAAUUGAACAUUUAUAUCGUUCCUAUUAUCUAUUUCAUUUGAAAAGUUUUACAUCUACACUCUUAUAUAGGUAUAAUAAUGGCUAACUAAAUCCGCAUAUUAUAAAUGAACGGAAAAUAAAAUCGAUAACUAACGAGA